UGUAUGCGUUAUUUAUAAACCGAUUCAACAAUUUUUAACUAAUCAUUUUUAGGUCUGUCCUAUCAACGUAAGUUCUUAUUGAGAUUUAAUCUUUGUAAUCGAGCCGGCAGUCUCUUUAGAAUGUGUUUACUAAUAACGAAACAAUAUCAUUAGCACGUUCCGCAGUGGGCGUAUUUCUGUUAUUGUUAGUGGCAUUUUUUGUAUUCGUCCUUUGUUUACUGUUCCAUUAAAUUAAGUUAAACAUGUUUAGUUCUCUAAUGAGAGAUUCUAAAAGAAGUCAGCCGGAUCUAUAUAAUAAUGUUGUUGAAGGAUUGAAAAAAAUCUACAAGCUGAAAAUUUUGCCGUUAGAAGAACAUUAUAUGUUUCAUGAGUUUCACUCCCCUCCUCUUAACGAUGCUGAUUUUGAAGCAAAACCCAUGAUUUUACUCGUUGGUCAGUACUCCACGGGUAAAACUACAUUUAUUAAAUACUUAUUAGAGAGGGACUUUCCUGGAAUUCGAAUUGGUCCGGAGCCCACCACAGAUCGAUUUAUUGCUGUUAUGUUUGGUGAGCAGGAAAGUAUUAUUCCUGGUAACGCUCUUGUUGUAGAUCCUAAACGUCAAUUCAGGCCAUUGCAGAAAUUUGGCAAUGCAUUUCUAAAUCGUUUUCAAUCAUCUGUAGUUCAAUCAGAAGUCUUACAAAGCCUUACGAUUAUUGAUACACCUGGAAUUUUGUCUGGAGAAAAGCAGCGAGUUGAUAGAGGUUAUGAUUUCACUGGAGUUUUAGAGUGGUUUGCAGAAAGAGUGGAUCGUAUUAUCCUUUUAUUUGAUGCUCAUAAAUUAGACAUUUCUGACGAAUUUCGCCGUAGCAUUGAAGCUCUCAGAGGUCAUGAUGAUAAAAUUCGAAUUGUACUUAACAAAGCUGAUAUGGUUGAUUCUCAACAGUUGAUGCGUGUUUACGGAGCUCUGAUGUGGUCUUUAGGUAAAGUACUUAAUACUCCUGAAGUUGCUCGUGUUUAUAUUGGUUCCUUUUGGGAUCAGCCUCUUAAUUUUGAUUCAAAUCGAAAACUGUUUGAAGCUGAAGAACAAGAUAUGUUCCGGGACAUUCAAAGUCUGCCUAAAAAUGCUGCUUUGAGGAAAUUAAAUGAUUUAAUCAAACGUGCAAGACUUGCAAAGGUACAUGCUUUCAUCAUAAGUGCUAUUAAAAAUCAGAUGCCUUCUGUGUUCGGUAAAGAACAAAAGAAGAAAGAAUUGGUUAAGAAAUUGGGAAAUAUUUAUGCUGAAAUACAAAAAGAACACCAAAUUCCUCUUGGUGAUUUCCCAGACAUCAAACUAAUGCAGGAAAAGCUGUUGCAGCAAGAUUUUGACAAAUUUAAUACAUUACGACCUAAACUGUUAGAAAAUGUUGAUACCAUGCUUCGGGAAGAUAUUACUAAAAUCAUGUCUAUGAUUCCUAGAGAACAAGAGGAAGUAAGCCAGGAGAGUGUCCAAGGUGGUGCUUUAAAUACAUUAGUCAAUAAUCCAUUUGGUCAUGGUAGAGGUGAAGGUGCUGAUGCAGGAUCUCUUCAAGUUGAAUGGGUGGUUGAGAAGGAUAGAUUUAAAUUUGAUGCAAUAUUCAACCGCCUCAAUCCUGUUGAUGGAAAAAUCUCUGGAGCUGCUGCCAAACAGGAAAUGGUGAAAUCGAAAUUACCCAAUACAGUGUUAGGCAAAAUUUGGAAGCUUUCUGAUAUAGAUAAGGACGGACAACUGGAUAUGGAUGAAUUUGCACUUGCCAUGCAUCUCAUUAAUGUUAAGUUAGAGGGUCAUGAUAUGCCACAGGAGUUGCCCGAGCACUUAAUACCACCUUCAAAGAAGUAAUCAAAUUCUUAAAAUAUGGCCUUUAAGUUUUAUUAUUUAAAAAUAGUAUUAUUUUUGUUUUGAGUCACUGACUUUGUAAAUCUAGUCUUGAAAGUUUGCCGAAAUUGUUUAAAAAAAGCAAUUGUUUCUAAUGAAACUUAGAAUACAUUUUUAUAUUUGAUCUAAAACAAAACUACUAUAAACUUCAACUGCAUGAUUGUGAAAUAGUUUUGUAUUGCAAUUAUACACGCAUUAUUUUCUUUCAACUUUUCAGAAUAUUUAUUGUUGUGUUGGCUAAAUAUGCAGAGUUAUAUAUUUUAUAUUGUAAAGAAUGUCAUCAAUUUAUAUUUCAAUGCAUAAUAUAUUCCAAAUAUAUUUUUAAUAGCUUUUUAAGGUGCUCUUUUGAAAGAAUUUUCAUUUAAAAUGCCCUAAUAAUGACAUAUCGCACAGGGUAUUAUUUUUUAUGGACUUUAAGAUCUGUUUAAAACCUACUAUUUUUACAAGUAUAUUAAAAGCUGCUGAAUUAUUUGUGUAAGAUGUGCAAAAUUAAAAUUUUGAUAAUAA